GGGAGCGCUUUACCGCAGUAUCACUACAUUUCUGCACCACUCAUCAAAACUCUGCGGCAUGCAGGCUAGAGCUUGGGGGGAGGGCACUUAUUAUUAGGUCUGUCCUGGGUGCUCUCUUAUCAGACAGGCCACUGUACAGUUUUUUACUUUCAUUUCCAACCAUCCGUUUUGCAGUGAGCGUUUAGGUCGAUUAUUUCCUUAUUUUUGUUUCACCGGUGCCAGGUCAAUUGUUGCAAUCUCUACUGUAGAGCAAUUUUUUCGCAACUUUAGGAGGUAAAAAACAAACAAACAAGCAAACAUAAAUUUAGGACAGAAUGGCAAAGGAUGGGGAAAAAAGCGAGUGGAAGGACUUUGUGUGGAACCCGAGGACCAGGGAGUUUCUGGGCAGAACGGCGAGCAGCUGGGGUCUCAUUAUUCUCUUCUAUAUAGUUUUCUACCUCUUCCUGGGGGGCCUGUUUGCUCUCACCAUGUACAUCAUGCUGCAGACCCUGGAUGACCACAAACCCACCUGGCAGGACCGCCUUUCCACACCAGGUUUGGUGAUUAGACCCCAUGCGGAUGAAGCAUUUGAGAUUGUUUACAACAUCCAGAACACUGAGAGCUGGGACCUGUACGCCCAGGCUCUGGACAAGUUCCUGUCACCUUACAACAACACCCUCCAGGCCCAGAAAAACCACGAGUGCACCCCGGACCAGUAUUUUCUGCAGGAGGACAGUGGUGAUGUGAAGAACAACCCGAAGCGCUCCUGCCAGUUCAACCGCACCAUUCUGGACGCAUGCUCCGGACUCGAUGACCGUUACUAUGGAUACCAGAUGGGCCAGCCGUGCAUCAUCAUCAAGCUGAAUCGGGUAAUUGGAUUGCUGCCAGGAAAGGAUGGGCAGGCACCGUCUGUCACCUGUGGUGCAAAGAAAUACAAAGUUGGCAAAGAUGAAUGGAGAGACGACUCUGACAAAAUUGGAGAUAUGGCUUACUUCCCUUCAAAUGCCACUUUCGAUCUAAUGUACUACCCUUACUAUGGCAAGAAAGCUCAGGUGAACUACUCUCAGCCUUUGGUCGCUGUCAAGUUCCUUAACAUCACUGUCAAUCAAGACAUCAACAUUGAGUGCAAGAUCAACGCAAACAACAUCCCCACUGGAAGUGAAAGAGACAAGUUUGCCGGUAGAGUGUCUUUCAAGCUGAGGAUCAACUCUGACAACUAGCCUGACCCCAACUGAAAACUCUUCUCCCCCGACCCCUCCGUCCUCACCCCAUCUUCUGCACCACUGCACAUACACAGAAAAGUAAAACCGCAGCAUUUACACCCUUGGCGUGACUUGGUUGCCCCUGCUCCAAUUUUUUUUAAAGGGGAAGGGGAUUGUGCGACAGGGUAAAUCGAGCACGAGAAGAUGGUAAUGUCAUUGUUUCUGUCGGUAAACGUUCUGACAAAUGAUUUUCUGUAAAUUAAUUUGAGGUGACCUCUAUUUAUACUGCAUGAUAAACUAGGGAAUAUAAACAGGAUGUGUUUUCAAAAUUUGCCAGCAACUUUACCAUGUUACACAGUUGCUGCACACCUCCCGCUGCCUCGUUCAACAGUGUCCCUCUAUGUAUCUGAAUAUACACAAACUACAAUACAAAAAGUGUAUAUCGACAGUAUUUAUACAGCAUCAUAACCUUAUAUAGGUCUGUCUAUUUUAUUGCACUUAAAAAAAUAUUCCAACAAACCUGCUUUUCUCUCGAUCGAUGGAUCCAGAGAUGAAGCCAUUUGCAUGUGUGUGCUCUCUUAAGUGUGCUUUAAAGGCACACUGUGUCCCACCUCUCAGCUCUUGUUAAUUAAAGACAGGUUAAGUGACUCACCACCAGGAGGGACCACCAUACAAGCUUUAACCCUCAUGCACUAUGCGUAUGUGUACUUGGAAGCAUAUCUCCAAAAAAAUGCGUGAAUGGAUGUUUUUUUUUGCCAGUGUGUAUGAGUGUGUGCUUUUCAUUUUCCGAUCCCAUCUCUUAUUGUAGGUCGGGAAGUUGCAUGCAAUGUGCAAUAUUCAUUAACAGGCAUACAUAAUGAAUGUGUGCAUCCAUUCAUCAGAUGACUCUUAUUACAGUACAGUCACUCUGGAUGGUUCAGCUUUGAUCUCAGAGCAGCUGCUAAUAAAACAAACAGAAAGCAUAUCUGGUAUGGUUUUAACACUGAAUCCGUUAUAAUAAGACUAAUCAUUGGAAAACACGUUCUAAGGCUAUAGACAUGUUCAAUAGAUAAAAAGAAUUAGCUCACUGGUUCCCAUCAUGUAGGGUAUUUUUCUAUCCAAGUCACCCAAAUGAAUUUUAUUUGUUAACACCAUUUAUUCAGUUUUUAGCUUCAUAUUCUCUCUUUGUACACUGUCAUUCCUAAACGUAAACCAAAAGCUAUAUGUCUUGUGUAUACAUUUUACAUUUAUUUAUUUAAACUUAAAUAUGUAGUUUUCUUUCUCUUUUUUGUUGUUGAGUGUUUUGCAUCUAUUUCCUUUAUACCAGGAAUAGAUUUCAUUGUCAAAUUUUUUAUUGUUUUGCACUGGAAGUGUGCUUUUUAUUCCUUCUUUUGUGAAGCAGAGUCAAUUUAAUAAAACCACUUGGAGUUUUUGGAGGAGGAGGAAGUUGUAGAUGUUUUUUUCUUUUGUUCCCUACUUCUCUUUUAUUAUCAUGGUCACCCUUUAAAGUAUUCAUCUGGACUGGAAUAUCAGUGUGUAGUGUUUAUCUUCCUGAACUUAAAAUUGCCCAAUAAGCAUUUAGAUGUACUUCACUGACCAAUAAGUUAUUUAUUUGUUUUGUUGUUCUUGUUUUAUUCUCAACUGUUUGAAAGAAAAACAACCAUGAUGAAUAUCUAACCAUUAUCACUACCAUUAAAGUCAUAAAUCACUCCUGAGUUUGGUGCUGGAUAUACAUUCACUGUGCUGUGUUGUUCCAUAAACCUGCCUGAAAGAUCUACUUUAAGGCUGAUGAGUCUGUAACACUGUAAACUGUUUCACUCAGUUGUAAUAUUUUCCAGCCAUAUACAGCACCCUCCACAAUUUUUGGCCUUUAAAAAGGGGAUAUUGCUAUAUAGACUUGGUGACCAUAUGAUGUCUCACUUAUCCUUGUUUAAACUGUAGAUAUGGGUAUGUUUAGGAGGGUUUCUAGUGUCUUGUAGCUAUUUCCUGGCUUUUGUAGAUCAAUACAUCAUCUGCCUUACUUGAAUAGCAUGGACUGUAUUUCCCAUUUUGAAUAGUGGCUUAGAGGAAUUGACCUCUGUGUCACGUCAUAUUUAUACCCUAGGAAACAAGGGGUAAUGGAUUACUGAAUACAUGUUUCUUGAUAAUAUGAUCAACUUAAAAUACUUCUGAUGACGGUGUAAGGAAUCUGAUUUGAUCAGUUUCUAUGAUACGUAUAGAAAAAUGAAAACUGAGUUACAGAUUUUUUUUCCUAUUUCUUUGUCUAAAAGAUAACAAUCUGGUCAAAUAAUUAAUCCCUUUUAAUUAUUUAUAUUUAAAUGAUGACCUUUAUUUAUAGUUUUACACAUGUUAUCAUUUUGGUUUUUGAGUUACUAACAGAUAAUAAUGCACUUAUUCUGAAAUUCAAAAGGCAUUUCAUUCAUUUUUGGCAUUUCGAUUAUUUGAAUUCUGUGUUUUAAAAUGGUUUGCCAGACAAGGCAAUGGUAUUGCCUAUUUUUUUAUUUUAUGAAACUGAGUUUCAAAAACUGUGAUUUAUAGAUUUUAUUUUAUUUCCAGUUGAGAUUUGUUUAAGUAUUAUAGAUCUUAAUUGAUCUAAGUUAGUUCAAAUGUUUACUACAUUGCUGAAUCAGCCCCAUGAUUUGUGUAAAAAGUUUUUUUUACAAAAAUCAUGAUUUUUCAUAGGUGUGUUUUUCCACCCAGUGUAUAAAUGUGUUCAAAUGAAAGGUUGAAUUUUCCAAAAAAAAAAUUGUAUUAGAUUAUGCUACUGUAAUUAAAAAUUAAUUUGUUUUAAGGCUCUUUACUAAUCUUUACCAGGGGCAGCUGGUAGAAAGAAAACGUGUAAAACAACCAAACAGGACCUUUGAUCUGAUCCUAGAAGGACAAGCAGAAUGAACAUGAUCACCUCAUCUUUAUCUAAGUUCGUAAUUCAAAAUGAUGUGCUUUAACGGGCUCUUCCCUUUUAGCUUUUUGGGACUUCUCUGACGGUUUCACAUGUACACUCCUCUUCUGGCCUGCUUUCAGUGCUUACUUAAUUUCAUUGUAAUCUCUUAAUCUGGUCAACUAAUCCAAAGCAGGCACGCUGAACUUCUUUACCCUACUUUGUCGUUCAUGCUCCAAGCAUCAAAUGCCCUGUUCACUGCUUCAAAACGUCAUUCUCAGUCCAGCUUUCCCCACAUUUAAACCCACAUUCCCUCAAUACUGCAACCUAUCUAGUCAAAUGUUUGGCCACAUCCAUUUAUUUCAUUUUCUUUUCUUGUCAUAUAUACUUGAAAAUAGUUUCUUCUGCUAGUGAUAUUAAUGGUAAUUUACACAUUCAGUUUUGGAGCUCCGAUAGAUCCUUUUCUGCAGUUCUUAACAAAAAUCUCACAGAAUCAUAAAGGCCUCCUGUUUACACAAUAAUAAAAACGCGCAAAAGUGGAAAAUGUUUCCCCGCACCAUAACAGUGCCUCCUGGUGGACAGACAUCUUUGUUCUCCGGUCACAGAAUGUUUUUUCCUGCUAUCUCAGUUUAUCCCUUUAUUUUUCUGUGCUAAUUUAAAGAUGUUAUAGAGAAAUAUAUAUUUAUCUCCUGUGCAGAUGUGUGGUUGUGUAGAAGACAGGCCAUAGCAAAAUUCGUUAUAGGGAAAAAAAAGAAAGGAGAAAAAGGAACGACAUCCACACAAUUAUGUGUGAUAUUAAAAAAAAGUAAACAAUAAAAUGUUUUGUGUAUAAAAGACUAUUUUUGCUGAAAAGAGAAGAGAAUGUAAGGAUUGAACUGCAUUGUGACAUGAAAGCUAAAUGGUGUGAUUUUCUAAUUUAGUUUAUCAAAAAAGCAAAAUGCUAGUAAUUUGUUUAGGUCUGCAUUAUGCUGUAAUGUUUUUAACAUCACUUGAGUCUGUUCUUUUUUCUGUUUAUUUAAUAAGAAGGACAUUUUAAAGCUUGAAAUCAAAGUUCUAACAGGACUUUAACCAAAGCACUUUCAGAUACUACAACGCUGCACAGCGCUGUGUUGGAGAGAAAUUCAUGCUUCAAACAGUGAAUAAAUACAGGAAAUAUCAUUACCCAGACAUAUCUUCUUAACGUUGCACUGUUACUUAUGAUUGUGUUUCAAAGGACUGUCCUAAAAUAUACAUUUAUGAAACUUGUUAAAAAUACCUACCUAAACAAAUAAAUUAAAUAUCCUGGAUCCUCA